AUGUCUGAAUACUUGACCUUCUCCUCGGAGCCCUCCGGCCGUCACCAGGGUAAGAAACAUAUCAUCAUCAUAGGUGCUGGUAUCAUCGGGGUGUGCACCGCUUACUACCUAGUGAAACAUCCUCAGUUUGAUCCCGAAAAGUAUCAUAUCUCUUUGGUUGAGAGCAAGCGUGUUGCUGGUGGUGCCAGUGGCAAAGCCGGUGGACUAUUGGCGUUAUGGGCCUUCCCCCAGCAGUUGGUGCCGCUCUCUUUCCAAUUGCAUCAAGAACUUUCGGAUUUAUACGAUGGUGAAAACAACUGGGACUAUAGACGGUUGACAACAGUAUCAAUUGAAGGUGAUCUUACAGAAUUUCACGCAGAAGAGGAAUCAGACGCGGAAUCCGAGCACCAGGUUACGGAAAAGGCACUGCCAGGAACAGAGUUACCACCUAAGAAAACAUCAAAAGUGACAAAGCAGCGAGAUUCAAAGAAAUUGCCCAGCGACUUGAACUGGAUCACAGAGCAGUUUGUCAACCUGUGCUCCUCGUUGGGCGGUAAGGAUACCACGGCGCAAGUACACCCUUACAGGUUUACGAAUUUUAUCUUGAAGGAAGCCGUGAAAGACUCCAAGGGUGCCUUAGAGCUUAUUCUAGGCAAAGUUAAUCACAUACUAUAUCUGAUGGAUACGGGCGUAGCUACGGGGAUUUCGUAUGAGCCCACAAGUGCAAAAUCAGAGAAACAUGAGCCAGUGAGUUUGAAAGGUGACCAAAUUGUCCUAUCAGUGGGUCCAUGGACGUCCAAAAUUUUACCAGAUUGUCCUAUUUCUGGAUUGAGAGCCCAUUCCAUUACCAUAGCUCCCUACAAGGAUCAGCGAGUGUCGCCCUAUGCCAUUUUUACGGAAUACAAGAUUGGCAACAAGUAUGUCUCGCCAGAGAUUUACGCCAGGAAAGAUGAGGUGUUUGUGUGCGGAGAAGGAGACUCCGCAGUGGAUGUUCCGGAAACCACCGAUGAUGUUGAGGUUGUGAAGUCUAAAUGUGACGAUCUAUUUCUGCAGGUAGGAAAGAUGUCUUCCAUGUUACGAAAGGGCCGGAUAUUGAAGAGGCAAGCAUGCUACCUACCUGUUUUGGAUGUGCCAUCUUCUAGUGGACCCUUGAUCGGGGAGACAAAUGUUGAUAAUUUGUUUUUGUGCUCUGGCCAUUCGUGCUGGGGUAUUAACAAUGCACCCGGAAGCGGGAAAGUCAUGAGUGAGCUCUUGUUGGAAGGGAAGGCUAAGUCUGCCAACAUCUCCACCCUAGAUCCUUCUCUCUAUUUUGAUGCAUCGGUAUUGGUUGAUGACCAGGAUGAAGUAGAGGAGAAAGAUGAAGUUGAUGAAAAGAAUGGAGAGGUUGAUAGAGUUUGA